CAUAUGAAGAACUUGCUUUGCAAAUCAUAAACAGAUCUCAGAAAAUAUUUUUCAAAAACUAUCAUGGGAGAGAGUUCAAGUUAUGUAUAAAUGUUUUGGAUUUUUUUGUAAAAAAAUAAUAAUAUAUGUUUAUCUCAGCAAGAAUUCGUAGGUAACGGUUAGCCGAUACUUGCUAGAAUUCGGAAUUUGUCCACGUUUGCCACCUACUUGCUUGCCUAGAUAAUGUUCACACACAGGAUAUGCCUACAUGAUUACAAAUUUACAAUCCCUUCAUUAGGAGUCAAAGUUUUGAGACAGAACGAGAGGGGCUACAGCAAUGGCAUCCAUGUUGUCUAGUGUUAUCUUUCCUCCACCACCUUCUUUGAUCAUCUCAGUCAUGUCUGUGGUUAGUCUGGUAGCAAUAGCAGGUCUUGGAAUAUCUGAAAUCUUAGGAAAGCAUUUACAGUACUCAAGAUUCUGGAAUUUGAACUCUGAAAAAUCUACAAGAAUGCAGAUCAAACUCUCUAGCAGAACUGGCAUGCUUGUGUUUUAUGUGCCGGCUUUUCUUUCUGGUGUCGCUUCUUUUGUGCUUUAUCCAAAUCACGAUCUCAGGCUGUUCCUGGUCAAAGUAACUCUCACCAUACAUUUCUUCAAGAGAACCAUUGAGGUGCUGUUCGUUCACAAGUAUAGUACUAGCGGGGUGGUUCUUGAUUCUGCAAUUCUUAUAAGCUCUAGUUAUUUCUCAGCUACUUCAAGCAUGAUCCAUGGUCAGUAUUUAACACAAGGGUUUCCUGAGCCACAAGUGGACCUGAAGUAUCCUGGGGUUUUGCUGUUCUUGUUGGGGAUUUUUGGCAACCUCUACCACCACCUUCUUCUCGCCUCUUUGAGAACAAAGAGUGACAAAGAAUACAAGAUUCCCAAAGGUGGUUUGUUUGGCCUAGUGAUAUGCCCCCACUAUCUCUUUGAGGUGUUAGGGUUCAUAGGAAUAUUAUUCAUUUCUCAAACUCUGUAUCCCUUAUGCUUCACAGUGGGCACAAUUGUUUACUUGAUGGGAAGGAGUUACGCUACAAGGAGAUGGUACCUUUCCAAAUUUGAAGAUUUCCCCAAGGAUGUCAAGGCCCUUAUUCCCUAUGUAUUUUGAAUGUCAAAUUCUUCUUCUUCUUCUUGUUUGAUUAAAUAAAAGAUUCAUAUCCUGUUUCUUGCGA